AUGACCACAGUGGUGAUGAGCGUGGCGCUAACCGCUGCCGUUUUCCUCGGUUUCUCCCUCUACAACCGCAUGGUAGUACCACUUAUUGCGCGCGUGGUGGGUGGCCGCAUCCCGACGCGAGCGCAAUGCCUUAAAACCCUAACGUUCAAGGACCGGCUGUUCAUCGCGUUAUCAAAGCUUUUUACGGUUUUGUUUGUAUAUCACUCCUACUUGUUCAUCACCGACACCGAGGUGAGCAACAUGUCGCUUAACUUCAACGAUUUUAAUGUUGUCCUCUGUGGUGUCGCGUGGAUGCCUGUUCACUUGGUGGCGUUGUUCAUCAUAUACGAUUUCUUUUACACGCUCUUCCACUGGGCGUUGCACUGGAGGCCGAUAUAUCCGCUGAUACACAAGCACCACCACCGGCAAGUUACACCAUUCCGCGGGAACGAUGACGCCGUCAAUGAUCAUCCCAUUGAAUAUGUAAUUGGGGAGUACAACCAUAUAUUCGCGUUGUACCUUCUCACGCGUAUUGCACCUGCCGGUCAGGUACAUGUGCUGACUGCGAUUCUGUUUGUAUUUAUAGGCGGAACGCUAGCGAGCCUCAACCACACGCGAAUUGAUGUGUACAUUCCAUACGUCUUUAAUGUGCGUGCACACGACCUCCAUCAUUACCAAUUCAAGUACAAUUACGGGCAGUACAUCAUGCUCUGGGAUUGGGUAUUUGGAACCUAUAAAUGUUCCCGCGUCCAUGGUUCAUGA